AUCUGCCCCGGGUGAGGAUCGAACUCACGACCUUCAGAUCGCUCUGUGUUUAAUUGAUUAUGAGACUGACGCGCUACCUACUGCGCUACCGAGGCUUGACGUCGCCAACUUUGAAGUACCAACAGAGAUAUUUCAUCAUCCAUUCCAUUAAGGUAUAUAACAGUGAAUUUCACGUUCAUGUUUAUACCACUGAUAAUCACCGAUGGGGAAGGCUGAAAAAUGAACCACAGAAUGUGAACGUAAUUCUUCACGCACUGCCCAGUGCGUUUUAACACAAAAAAUUAAAAUGUAUCCUACCAAAAAGCUGAGGAAAUCUGAAGUGCAACAUAAAUAUGGGAACUACACACAAAGUAGUAAAAGACUUUUACCGUCUGCUGAAGAACAUAACCAGCUUUUCAGAUGGCCAGGCCAAAAUUCUGGAAAAUGAAGGGUCGCCCACAGAUCCUGACGUUGGAGAGGAUGCAAAGUUUGCAUUUCAAGUAGACAUCACUCCAAAUGGGGGACCCUAUCUCGGAGGUACCUUUAGAUUCAAGAUUGUUGUUGAGAAUGAGAAUCGAUGGCCCCAGGACCCACCAACUGUACGAUGUUUAACGGAUAUCUACCAUCCAAACAUUGAUAAUUUUGACGAAGGGGAGUACUCCAAUGUUUGUGUGAAUGCCCUCGAUCUCUGUACUUGGGAUAGUCAGUUUGACUUUGAGACUUGCAUCCAGUCUCUUCUUUUUCUCUUCUAUGAGCCAAACUUUGAUGAUGUUCUGAGCUUGAUUUGCUGUUCAGAUGAAAAUUUUCAAGAGCUGGUGCAGACUUCUCUUAAAGGUGGCAUUGUAGAUGGAAUCCCUUUCAAACCUAAUGAAGGCUGGUUAAAGAAGAAAGGAGGAGGCAAUUCUAGUCAGGAAAAAGAAAAUGAAAUAGACACUUGAGCAGAAAAAAGAAGUUUCUGUUACUGUAUUAGAUUGUCAGGGCCUAUGUACUCAACACUUAGAGUGAAUGACGCAUGGAUCAAUUUAAUUGUUCUGACCAUUUGUUGUUGUUGAAAUAAAAUUAAGUCAUUUUGAAGGAAUUGUUUUCUUCAUUAGUUUGUGACAAAACUUUGUUUAAACUAAAAUGUAGCGCAUAGCCACAUUCACCUACUGAUUAUGGGCCAAGCUGGUGGGGUUUUUAUUGCCCCUAUAAAUAAAUCAUGCCCAAAUCUAUUGUU